UGGCUGUGCGUGCCCCUUGCGUCAUGACGUCACGUUACCGUAGAAACAAAUCAGCGUCUUCUCGCUGCUAGCAGCUAACUUUAGCUGAGUUUUGAAGGUCAGUGGCGGUUUUAAAUCAACUUUAAGAGCCGGACCAGUGAACGGAAACGUCUUUUAACAGGUCGCUAACCCUCCUGUUCAGGUAGAUCCUCACCUGAGUGCAGUCAUGGAGGAGGAGGAGCUUCAGGAGCUGAAGAGGAAGCUUGAGAAUGAAGAUCUGGACCAGGAGCAGAGAAUCAACCUUCUGAACAGCAGCUUAAGCAAAGCUCUGAACUCGGCGGCUCUCCAACCGGACGGCGGCGUCUCCUCAUCCCUCCUGAAGUCUCGUUUGUAUCUCAGUGGGGUCCUGAAUCUCUGCGUCGCCGCUCUGAACCUCAGGAAGCUGCAGAACGACUGGAGCGCCAUGGCAACGCUGGCCCACCUCACCUGCUGCUGCUGCGUCGGCGUCAAACCUGGCCGACACUCAGAGGCGUUCCAUAGGCUGUUCCUGCCUUCAGUCAUGGACGCUGUGCUCUCAUUGGCCGGUCAGCUGAUGAGGCGGUCGGAGUGUUGGUCUCAGUUCAGGAAGACGAUGAAGGAUUCAGUCGGUCGACUUCUGGAGGAUCAGACACACCUCACCCCCCACAUCCUAAGCUCCGCCCACUACGAGCAGAUCCAGAUGUGUGAUGAUGUUGCCGUGACGCUGCUGUGUGUCCAGAUGUGGAUUCAGAUCUGCUCAACCAACAGGAAGUUCCUGUCUGAGCUCAGCGAUGACUCCGCCCUGCUGCUGCUCAACGAAGCUGUCGGCCAAUUAGCUCUCAGCUCUGACCCGGCGGUGGGCAGAGCCUCGGUCACACUAAUCCUCCUCAUGGCCAAUCAGCUGAAGCUCCGCCUCCGGCCCCUCCUCCUCAGCUUCAGAGGUCUGGACAGCCUAUUGGACAAAGACUGGAGGGGGCGGGGCUUCGACCAGGACCUGGAUCAGCUGAUCACUCUCGUCCAAUCAGAGCAGAGGAUGAGUCACUCUGAGGCCAGCACUGAGCAUGUCCAAGCGGUGUGUGUCAUCCAGGCGGCGUGGUGUUCCUAUCGAACCCGACGGCGAGUGAAGAGUUUGAACCGAGCUGUCGGUGCCCUGCAGCGGAGAUACAGAGCACGGAGGAGACAGCAGCAGCAGCAGAGGGAGGUCCAGCGGUGGCAGGAAGAGCUGAGCUACCAGGUGUUUGUGAGGCGUCAGCAGGCCAGGAGGAGGUUCCACCAGAAACAGAGACGUCUGCUGCAGCUGCUUCCACCUGACCAGGUGGCGUCGUACCUGCAGGAGGUGGAGCGUCGAGCCGCCGUGGUGAUCCAGAGCUUCUGGAGAGGCUUCAGAGAGCGACAGCGUUACAACAACACACAGCGACACACACUGAGAGAGACACACAACCGACAACAGGCCGCCAUGGCACUGCAGAGAGUGGUCCGUCGUUUUCUAGAAGAGCGACGUGCAGCGAAGGCCCUGCCCACUGCUGCUUUCUGGAUUGGUCAGGAAGGUUUGACAGACAGCCGGAGGGCGGAGCUAAAGCGUCAGGUGGAGGAGCACAUCGCUGUGAACCGAUCGUCCUGUGUGAGUCCACAGCAGUGUAAAGUCCUCCAUCACCAGGUCCAGCAGCUGCUUCAGUCGGAGCUUCAGAGACGUUUGGAUCGAAUGAAGGAGGAUCAACAUCUGGAGGCUCUGAUGGCUCACACCCACACACAGCUGGAGCUGCUCAGAGAUGCCCCUCCCCUCUCUGUUGUCACGGCGACAGACGCUGACUCCUUCCUGAGUCCGUCUGGUUCCAUCGCCGCCCGUGGCCGUGACGCCCACAACGCCGCCCUGCAGGCUGAGCGGCUGCCCUGGUGGAGGACGCUGGGACGGACGGACGAAGGCCCCGCCCACCCACAGGAGGCGGAGCUGGAGGCGGAGCUUGGAGGGCUGUAUGUGGGCGGAGUCAGGGAGGUGGACGGAACUAAGCUUUAACUUUAUCUGGACUCAACAGUGAAAAUAUUCAUCUCACAUCUGGAUUACUGAACGUUAGCAGACAGAACAGAUCAAAUUCUCACACUUAAAAACUCAGUUUGGGUUUUUUGUGGGUAAAUGUGGUUUUUAAUAAUAAUAAUAAUAAUAUUAAUAAUAACAUACAUUUAAUUUCCAGAUGCUUUACAAAGUUGGCAGGGAUGUUAAAUCAUCACCAAAGGGUUUAAAAAUGAGUUUUUAUGGAUUUCCACUGAUGUUUUGGUGACAAUUAUUCAGAUUUUUGUUCUUUUUAAAAUGUACGUUAAAAAAUACACAAAUAAACAUUUUUGACAAAA